AAAUAUACAAACAUUACAUGAAAAAGAAUUUUUGGUAAAAUGGAGGAAGCAAAAGUUACCCAUCUCCCAAACAUUCCUUGUACUUAAACCAAAAAAAUAAAAUAAAAUUAUAGCACGAAGAAGACGACGAAACCCAACUUCCCUAGAAAUCAUUAUCGUUCUUCAGUCAAACACCACGCUAUUGCUUUUGUUUGCAUACACAAUCAGGUUCUUUCUCUUUUUUAUCCCCAGUCUUCUCUUUCAAUUUCUUUCAAAAUCCCAAAACUUGAAAAAAAAAUGAAAAAGAAGAUUUUUGGGUUUUGUUUUUAAGAUAAAAUUGAAAGGGUAUGGCAGCCGAGGACAAUUUGGACUUGUCAACUCUGCAAUCUCAGCUUAGUGAAACUCAUGAACUGUGGAAGCAGGAGAUUGAAAAACGUCGAGGCCAAGUAGACGUGUUGCAAGCCAAAAUUAUGGAGGUAAAGGCUUCUAUACAAGGGUCGGAAGAGGAGUCGAAGAAGGAGUUAGAUGUUCUUUGGCGAAGGGUAGAAACUACCGCGACUUUAUUGACUUACUUGAAAUCAAAAGCAAGAGUAAUGGCUGUUCCCGAUUUAGCUCAUAAAUCGUGUGGCAUCAAAUUAUUAGAUGGGGUAGGGCUUGUAGAUAAAGAAGGUACACCACUAUCUAGCUGGUCAAGGAGUGUUGAUCUCUCUUCAUUCGAUUGUUUGGAUGAUGAAACGUGGAUCGGAAUUAGUAGACAACAAGGUUCUUUGGAUGAAAAAGAUGGAGCUUAUAUCGGUGAAUUAAUUAAGUCCGUGCAAAUGGUCACGGAUGUAAUGGAAGUUCUUGUUAAGAGGGUCAUUAUGGCUGAAUCCGAAACUGCUCUCGAGAAAGAAAAGGCGAGUUUAGGUCAGGAAGAAAUUAAACGGAAAGCGGUCCAAAUAGAGAAUAUGUCUGUGAAGUUAGAAGAGAUGGAAAGGUUUGCUCUCGGUACGAAUAGUAUUCUUAACGAAAUGAGACAGAGGGUUGAGGACUUGGUCGAAGAAACUUCGAGACAGAGGCAACGAGCUGCUGAAAACGAACAGGAGCUUACUCUUGUGAAGCAGGAUUUCGAGUCCUUGAAAUCUUAUGUUAGUAGUCUCAUUAGUGUAAGAGAAACUCUUCUUUCAUCGGAGAAGCAGUUUCAAACCAUCGAGCGGCUCUUUGAACGACUAGUUGCAAAGACAACGCAGCUCGAGGGCGAGAAAAAGCAGAAAGAGACUGAAGUUCAGAAGCUUAUGGAAGAGAAUGUGAGGUUGACCGCACUUCUCGACAAGAAAGAAGCUCAACUUUUGGCCAUGAAUGAACAAUGCAAAGUAAUGGCCUUAAGUGCUUCAAAUAUAUGAUCAACUUUCUCGCCCUACCGCCUAUUGGACCGUACCACCCUGCUGACUCAACAAUCAGCCAGAGAACUGUAAGGUGAGACAAGUUGUGCUCUACAUAGCCGAAUUUGUAACGGAAUACUUUCAUGGAAGUGUAACACAAUGAAGAGUGCAGGGAACUCGAGUUAGUGCUUUGCUUUCGAAAAAAAAUCAAACCAUUAAGUGUGUGGAUGCAUAUUGUUGUGCUAUUAGAACACAAAUUUGGUGUACUAAUUGCAGAAAUUUAAAAAUGUCCAUCUUUUCUGUA